UUAUAUCAUAUCAUCACCAUCAAAGAAAUAAAUAGAAACAGAGUUCCACAACUACCACCCUUGUUCUUGAUUAAUUUGUUUUAAUUUUGUCCUCUCUAAUUUAAACAGCAUCAAUUUUCUCAGAAUUGAUUCUAAAAGUAACACUCUAAUUCCCUCACCUUCUAUCCCUAUAUAGCUCCCUCAUAGACAUAUCAGUAUUACAAAUUGUUUCUCAUCAAAAUCUCACAAAGAAGUGAAGAACAACUACUUGUUAUUAUUGUUCCUUAAUUAAUUGUAGAAUUAGUUAGCUACUAGCUAGAUAGAAAUUAAAUAUGGAGAGGAACAAUUUGAGUAGUUCAUAUGAUCCUCAUCACAUAGUGAAGGAGUGUGAGAAGAAGAAGAAUGAUCAUGAUCAUUUGGGAGGUUCAUCAAGGAACAUGUCUUUCAAUCUGAGGAAUGUUUCAAAGCUCAUUCUUCCACCACUUGGAGUUUCUUCCAACAAUCAGAACCAUGUUGAAUCAAGAGCCUGGAUCAUAUCACCAAUGGAUUCAAGAUACAGGUGUUGGGAGAGUUUUAUGGUUGUUCUGGUAGCAUACUCUGCAUGGGUGUAUCCAUUUGAAGUAGCAUUCAUGCACUCAUCUCCAGAAUACAGGAGAAUCUACAUUGUUGACACUGUUGUUGACCUUUUCUUUGCCGUUGACAUUGUGUUGACCUUCUUCUUGGCUUACAUAGAUCGAACUACUCAUCUAUUAGUUCAGGACUCCAGAAAGAUUGCAUUCAGGUACUUGUCAACAUGGUUGGUAAUGGAUGUGGCAUCAACGAUCCCUUACGAGGCACUCUCUCUCUUGUUUACCGGCAAACACUAUGUCUCCCUCCCUUACUACCUCCUUGGCCUCCUCCGCUUUUGGCGUCUCCGCCGUGUCAAACAAUUCUUCACAAGGCUUGAGAAAGACAUAAGGUUCAGCUAUUUCUGGAUCCGAUGUGCUAGACUUCUCUCUGUAACAGUAUUUUCAGUUCAUUGUGGUGGGUGCUUGUAUUACAUGCUGGCUGAUAGGUACCCUCAUAAAGGGAAGACAUGGAUUGGAGCAGUAAAUCCAAACUUCAGACAGACAAGCCUUUGGAUCAGAUACAUCUCUGCCAUGUAUUGGUCUAUCACCACCAUGUCCACCGUUGGCUAUGGCGACCUCCACGCUGUUAACACCCUCGAAAUGAUCUUCAUCAUUUUCUACAUGCUCUUCAACCUCGGCCUAACUGCUUACUUGAUUGGUAACAUGACUAACCUUGUUGUCGAAGGAACUCGCCGUACCAUGGAAUUUAGAAAUAGCAUUGAAUCAGCAUCAAACUUUGUGUCCCGAAAUCGAUUGCCUCCGAGGUUAAAGGAGCAGAUCCUGGCUUACAUGUGUUUGAGAUUCAAAGCGGAGAGUUUGAAUCAGCAUCAUCUCAUUGAGCAACUACCAAAAUCAAUUUGCCAGAGCAUCUGCCAGCAUUUGUUCUAUGAAACUGCAGCAAAAGCUUAUCUUUUCAAAGGUGUCUCAAAAGAAAUUCUCUUGUCCUUGGUUGCGAAAAUGAAGGCAGAGUACCUGCCUCCUAGAGAGGAUGUUAUUAUGCAAAACGAAGCGCCGGAUGAUGUUUACAUCAUAGUUUCUGGGGAAGUAGAGUUCAUUGAUUGUGUAAUGGAGAAAGAGAGAGUCUUGGGGACUCUACAAACAGGGGACAUGUUUGGAGAAGUUGGUGCACUUUGCUGCAGACCUCAGAGCUUUACCUUUAGAACAAAGACUCUCACACAGCUUCUAAGGCUGAAAACUAGUACACUGAUUGAAACAAUGCAGGUUAAGAAAGAAGACAAUAUACAAAUACUCAAGAAUUUCCAAAUGCAGCAUUUCAAGCAGCUUAAGGAUCUUAGUAUCAGAGAUUUAAUGGUGGAGAGUGUGGAAGAAGAGGAUCCUGACAUGGCUGUGAACUUGUUGACUGUGGCCACCACAGGCAAUGCUGUUUUUCUUGAGGAGCUUCUAAGAGCAGGUUUGGAUCCUGACAUUGGAGACUCAGAAGGGAAAACCCCAUUGCACAUAGCAGCAUCAAAUGGGCAUGAAGAUUGUGUUAAAGUUUUACUUAAGCAUGCAUGUAACUUACAUUUGAGAGAUAUCAAUGGUAACACAGCACUAUGGGAUGCUAUAGCAUCAAAGCAUUACUCCAUAUUCAGAAUCCUCUACCAGCUUGCUGCUCUCUCCGAUCCACACACGCCGGGUGAUCUCCUAUGCACAGCAGCAAAAAGAAAUGAUUUAGUAGUGAUGAAGGAGCUCUUAAAGCUAGGAUUGAACAUUAACUCCAAUGAUCACCAAGGAAUGUCAGCAAUCCAAAUUGCCAUGCAAGAAAACCAUGUGGACAUGGUUGAAUUGCUUGUCAUGAAUGGAGCAGAUGCCAAUGGUGUAUGUACUAAUGGAUUUUCUGCAUUAGCCUUAAAUGAAAUGCUGCGAAAGCGCGAAGUUGGUCAUCGAAUCAAUGUGAAUGAGGCCAUACAAUGUGAUUUUGUGUCAGAAGGGAAACACCAAGAAGAUCAAAAGAACAAUAAGGGAAGUUCAAAUGGAUUCAACUGCCCAAGAAUAAGCAUAUAUAGAGGUCACCCUAUACAGAGAAGAGGAAAAGGUUCCAUGGAACCUGGGAAGUUAAUAAGGUUACCUGAUUCAUUAGAGGAUCUCAAAACUAUUGCAGGUAAAAAAUUUGGGUUUGAUGCAAAAGAUGCAAUGGUAACAGAUGAAGAAGGAGCUGAGAUAGAUUGUAUUGAUGUCAUCAGAGAUAAUGAUAAGAUUUUUGUUGUUUUAUAGCCAAAUAUGAUCAGAUAUAAAUUCCAAAUGUCAAGUGUAAAUAUUAUUAUCUAUUAUGUUAUGUAUUUCCUUUUUCUCUGAUUUUCAUUCCGUUGCCUUAUUCCUAUAGACAGACAUAAAGAAUCAGAAGAAAAAACAACAAAAGUCUUCUGGAUUUUCAAUUGUUGUUGUCUUUUGUAAUUCUUGUUCUUUGACUUCUGCUAACUGAAACAUCAUCA